AUGGUCAUUCAAGUCGGCACCAAGUUUGUAGAAGAAUUCGAGCUCAAGCCUAUUCCUGGACACAAUGACGAGGUUUGUCCGGUGUACCCAGAUCCCGAAUUCGUCGCUUCGCCGAAUGUGCGUAGCGCGUCUGACAUUAUUGUCGCCGAUCCAUUCUCGACGUUUGCUCCUCGACAGAAUACCACGAAAACCUCAAGCUCGACCAUGGCUGAUGAUGAAAAGGAGCAUUCAAUUGUCUCCAGAUGCGCUGCAGAAUUUGUAGCAGUGCUCCUGUUCGUUUACAUUGGAUCGAUGCAAGCAACUGGUGUCGGAAUCCAUGACGGUGUUCUUCAUGCUGCGAUAGCUCAUGGUGUUUGCAUCUUCGUUCUGGCGGCUACAUUUGGUGGUGUUAGCGGAGCUCAUGUCAAUCCAGCGGUCACCCUAGGAGUCGCACUAGUUGGUCGAAUUUCGCCGAUUCACGCGAUUUGCUAUGUUGCUGCCCAGCUGCUCGGUAGCAUAUUUGGAGCCCUCCUCGUUCGGAUAUCGUUGAACUACCAGAUUUACCAUACGAUUGCCGCGGGUGCAACGCUUUGUGGAAAUGGCAUUGGAUGGCACGAGGGUCUCGCAGCUGAAAUCGUAACCACUUUUAUUCUGGUGCAAACCGUUUUAAUGUGUGCCGUUGAUACAGAGAAAAACCGUUUGGCACCGCUUGCGAUUGGAUUUUCUCUGAUUAUUGAAAUUCUUGCAGCCGGAUCGAUCUCGGGAGCUUCAAUGAAUCCCGCCCGUUCAUUCGGGCCAAACAUCCUUGGUCAAAUAUUCCUCGACAAAGACCAUUUGGAUAAAUUAUAUAUGUUUUGGCCUUAUCAUUGGAUUUAUUACAUUGGUCCAUGCUUCGGAUCAUUCUUGGCCGCUGCUCUUUACAGAAUCUUUUUUGCUCGCGAUUUUCGGCUACUCGCUUAA